UUUUAAAACUUGAGGGAAGGGCUUGAGGUGGUAAUGACAAGUAAUUAAAUGAGGUCACUGGAUUUGACACUCAUUUGAGCUGACAGAGCUGGCAGCAUAGCUGGCAGAUUAGCAGUUCUACAUGAGAUAAUAAUUCUCCAGGGAUUGAUACCUGCUGGUAACUGCUGCCUCAUUUACCUAACGGGGAUUCUGGAGUAAUUCAGAUGGGUGGGGGAGUUUGGUGCUGGUGUCCAACCUCCUACAAACUGACAGUUGUAAGAUUUUGCUGUAAACUGAUGACAGGCUUUGAGCACUGCCUGCAUCCUGAGAGGUCUGGCUGUUGAGAUGCCAUUCUGUGAGUUCCUCUGUCAUAAGCUGACUGACGACCAGUUCUUGUUCCUUUCCCCAUGGAAAGCAGGUAAACUCAGGGUGGGCUUUUCCUUUCAGCCUUCUUACCCUGUAGGAACUGCAUGCUGCUUCUGGAGCAGCCACAGGAGGAAUGGCAUCUUGCCACGUGUGUCAGCAUUUCAGCAGGACUCAGGCACUGGCAUCCUGGUGAAUGUAAUGGGGGCAGUAGAACAGAACUUAAGAGAAACUUCUCACUCAGCUGAGCUCAGAUUUUUUAAGAAGUGGAGAAGAAAAAGCUUUUAAUAGCAAUGGUUCUCCCUUCCUGGAAAGGAAUCUCUCUUGCACUUUGCUUUGGACUGAAGUGUGGUACUUCCCACUGCAUUGGGCUGCAGAACAUUUCAGUGCCUGUUUUUAGGGAGCAGGUCAGACAUUCAGCUUCUUCCAUGCUUUCACAGAAUCAGGCUUAUUCAGUCUAGAAUAUAAUAGUUGCUUGAAAAUGUUUGGGGGGGUAAGAUAGAAUUUUACUGAAAAAGCUUCCCUAAAAGGGAAGAGUACUGAAGGGAGUGUAGAUAAGGCUUGUGUUUGCUCUGCUGUCUCUGAGCAGAGUCCUGCAAGGGUGAAGGUCUGCAUGGAGGAGGUGGGAUUGGGAGCAGGGUGCCAGCCAAGCUGUGGGCUGGGGACUGCUGCUCCUGCCCUGUUCCACCAGUGCCAAACAAAGUCUCUCCCCACAGUUCAGUGAACGCGCGUGUGCAGCGUGAAAAUGAUUUUCAUCUUGGCCUGAUGAAGUGUCUUCUGAAACAGUGUUGUCAAAUUAGCUUGUUGCUGUUUAAAAUGAAGUAUUUAGUGGUGGUAGUUUCUGAUGUUCCUGGUGAAUCAAGAGAAAUAGCUCCUCUGUGCUCCUCAUUGCUUUUCUUGGGAUUUUGGUGGGAUUUUUGGUAACUACUUUCAUCAUUUUACUAGACAGAUGGCUUCAUUUUUGUUGUGUAGGAGUUUCUUGUGCCAGCCAGAGAAAGACUGAAUGAUAUUUUAAAUAGGAAAACAAAAAGAGCUGGCACAGGGCUCAGGGAGGAAGGAGUAUGUUUUGAGUGCUCUCAGUUAAUCUUAAAUUUGCCUUCUUUCAAUUAACUGGCUUUUUUUAUAAUAUGCAAUUGUUAAAAUUCAUCUUGAACAACAACACAGGUCUUACAGAAUACCACAGAGCAGUUUUCUUCCUGAAAAAAAUACUCUAAUGCAGGGUCUCCAGAGGUGUUUCUAGGGAGUAUCUGUAAUAUUUGGAGUUGAAGGCCAAUCAAAAUACACAAUUACUGCUAGAAUAUUUUCCUUUUGAGGCGUGAGUGGGAUGCCAUUAGCUAGUUAAUUCUAGCUUUUCCUGCUGGUCCUCCCACCCCUCCUGCCUUAUCCCUAAUACAAUACAACCUUUUCCCUCAAUCAGAGCAGCAGUGCUCUUUUUGAUCUACCCUCUUAGGCACACAGCUUUCAUGGUGCUUAGAAAGCUUUGGAAACAAGGAAUUGUUUUGGUUUGUUUUGUUUUAAACCCAGACUUCAGCAGAAAACCAAAGUGAAAUGGAGCCACAUUUCACUUUCACCAAAGUGAAAUGGAGAGACUUAGCCCUGAAAUUGUUCUGGGUAAUUAGUUUAAUCUUGAGGUGAGAUGUAGCUACCUGACUUCUACUUUCUGAACCAGGGGGCUGGUUUCAGGCUCCCUUAACAAUCCAAAUCCAGUCACAGGAGAAGCAGAAAAUCUCUGUUUUGAGAUCUGGUCUGCAGGGUCAAAGAGGGAAAUUUCUUUAUGUACAUUUAGAAUGCUCAGAUAGAAACACUGUCUUUAAAAACCUAAACAGCUUCCUUUACUCCUCUUUUGUGUUUUAUUUCUAUUGGGCAUAAAACAGUGCUGAGAGUCACAUAAUAGACACAUAACUCUAUACCCAGUUUUCAAGCUGGCCCUAAGACUGGCUUGGUUUGUGUGGAUCUGGUUGUUUGUAAUCUGUUUUAGAAGAAUGCCCUUUACCUGCUCCCUGUGUGAGGCUUUUGGAAUGAAAAAAGACUUCAGGAGGUGGAUGUUUGUGCCUGGCAAGGGUUGUAAGAUAGAGAGCCAUUCCUUUCCUUUCUGUUUCCUUCCCAAGCUGGACAUUCAGGGCAGGGAAGGAUUUUUGGUGCCCAUCAGUCCAGAACUCUUUCAGCGGGAGCUGCUGCACUGCAGAACUGGAGCUGGGGGUUGUCUCCUCCUCCUCUCCGCCCCAUUCCUCCUCCCAGCCUCGCGUUCAGGCUGCGCUGGGAUGAGCUGUGCGAGCCCAGCUGGCUGCUCCCCUCACUGGUGCGUUGCUGCCCAGCAGGCCGGGACUGCAGGGGGCUUUUGGGGGAGUUGGUUUCAAUGGCCACCCCGACUAGUGAGAAGCAAGGACUGCUCAUAUGGACAGCUCGCCUUUGUCUUGUGCAGAGUCGGCUUUGUAGUGGGAUGUUGAAAUAUGACACGAUGCCUGUUUGUUUGCAAUAGCUGCAACCCUCGUAGCAGAGAUUCAAGUGGGAAACAGAGAGGGAAUCCAGAGACAAACCAGCGGGGGAUUUAGGAACUGUGACGCCGUGUCCUCUCUCCUGUGCCGGAGCAAGCAAAGGAAAGAGAGGUAGAGGAAAAAAGACUGAGCCUUACAACAGCCGUCACCUGAUGAUGUGUCAGUCAAACACCCUGCAGGGACCAGAUCUGCACACAGGGAAAUGGUGAGAUGCUAUAAAGCUUUAUCUAACCCUCCACCCUCUUGCUACAACCUCCACAAAGUUAAAAUCCAUGUCCGGAGGCUGCGUUCAGGGAACGGCGGCAGCAGCAGCUGUGCCUGGGACCAGCACCCACAGCUGGAGAGCCCAGGCCCGACUGGCUCUGCCGGUGGGACACCAAGUAGGAGAACUCGUUUCAGGUUGCAAUUCCCCCAGCUGGCCCUGAGGCGGAGGUUGGGCCAGCUGAGCUGUAUGUCUAGGCCUGCUCUGAAACUCCGUUCUUGGCCUCUGACUAUUCUCUAUUACCUUCUGCCUUUCGGUGCCCUUAAACCCCUGACCAGAGUGGGAUGGAGGCCCAUGAGCAGGGUUGCCCUGUACAAGUCGGUACCAACUCGGCUGCUCUCGCGGGCCUGGGGUCGCCUGAACCAGGUGGAGUUGCCCACGUGGCUCCGUAAGCCCGUGUACAGCCUGUACAUCUGGACCUUCGGGGUGAACAUGAAGGAGGCGGCUGUGGAGGAUCUGCACCACUACAGGAACCUCAGCGAGUUCUUCCGCAGGAAGCUGAAGCCGCAAGCGCGGCCGGUGUGCGGCGUGCACAGCGUGAUUAGUCCUUCUGAUGGAAAGAUCCUGAAUUUCGGGCAGGUAAAAAACUGUGAAGUGGAGCAAGUAAAAGGGGUCACUUAUUCUCUGGAGUCUUUCUUGGGACCUCGUGUCUCGACAGAGGAACUGCAUUUUAGUCAGGCCCCACCUGGUAACUCUUUUCAGCAACAACUGGUCACCAAAGAGGGGAAUGAGCUGUACCACUGUGUGAUCUACCUUGCUCCAGGGGACUAUCACUGCUUCCACUCGCCCACUGACUGGACAGUGUCGCACCGACGGCAUUUCCCAGGCUCUCUGAUGUCUGUGAAUCCCGGAGUUGCUCGCUGGAUCAAGGAGCUGUUCUGCCACAACGAGCGGGUUGUCCUUACAGGUGACUGGAAGCACGGCUUCUUCUCCCUGACAGCUGUAGGAGCGACAAACGUGGGCUCCAUCCGCAUCUACUUCGACCAGGACUUGCACACCAACAGUCCAAGUUACUCUAAAGGUUCCUACAAUGACUUCAGCUUCAUAUCCAACAACAACAAGGAGGGAAUCCCCAUGAGGAAAGGGGAACAUUUAGGGGAAUUUAAUUUAGGCUCCACAAUUGUCCUAAUCUUUGAGGCACCCAAGGACUUCAAAUUCAACCUCAAAGCCGGACAGAAAAUCCGCUUUGGAGAAGCGCUGGGCUCUCUAUAGAAACUGUCUCAGCAAGAAGAUUUUCUAUACAAAGGGACUCUUUUCACACCAUUGUUUCACUUUACAAGUCCUUAUCACUCAGCAGGACCUGGGUGAGCAGAAGAGAAGAUGUCAGUGCUGUGUUAACCUUGAGAGUAUUUGCUCUACAUUUACCUGCUGCUGAAUGUAGAAACUGAGUUGAGUGAUCAUGGAUGUAUCAGGUACAGCUGCCUUUAAAGAUGUUGCCCAUGGAGGUUUCUGUCCCAGCCUGUGCCUGUGCUGUUUCAUGUUCUCCCCUCAAUGUGCCACAGGAUAAUUAUGUUCUUAAGUCCCUUUUAAGCCUUCUGAGGCUGUGCAGGUGCACUGGGGAGGGGUGGAGAUUACCUGUGUUUAAAGGGACACUGACAGGCUCAGUCUCAGACCUUGUACUUUAUAGCUGCAAUAUUUGUUUUUCAGACCUUGAGUAAAGAAUACGUUCUCAUAUUUAUUUUGUUCUAAGAAACUCUGCUGAAAUUGUCAAAUAAAGACAGCCUGUGAGUGCACACAGAGCCAAACAGUGAGACUGGCUGGUGUGGCUUCACAGCCCAAACAAAGCAACACAUGCAACAGAGCAUCAGUAGAAAGAAUUACACUCAACCAGGCUUUCUGCUGUUGAACUGGACAACUCCAGUUCUUUUGCCUGACAUUGUCCCUUUAAAAAUGGACUUUGCACUGUAUUUUAAACCUGAAAACACUGUGUCUACAUUCCAGACAACAGCUCUUGUCAUCUUAGGAUUUUCUUUUAAAAAACAAAAAAACCCAGACAGAGGUGUGUGUACUAUUCCUAAUCCAUGGGUUUAUUUUGCUACUCCAGGCCUUAAAGUUUUUGUCUGUAUGAGGGACAGUUACUUCACCUCUUGGAUUAUGGAGUUAGAAGACACAGGGAAUGUUUUUCUUAUGUGAUGUGAUAGCAACUAAAAUAUGUUUUACUUUCUGCUAUGUAUCUUCAUUAUUGCUUUGUCACUAAAUUAUUGAAGAAUUAAUUUCUCUAUUACAGAACAGCUUCAGAUACUUCAGGACCAGUUUUUAUUGCUCAGAGUGAAAUGCCCUAUGCACUGACUGUGUUUACAAACAUUAUGGCUCUUUGAAGAAAUCCCACGUUGCCUCCCUUGACUGGCAACAAUUUCAUCUUACUCAAAAUAUAAAAAAACCCCACACUGGCUCUAACUUAUGCCCUCAUACUUAAUGCUAGGAAUGUGCUGGGGGCUGAAAGCUCUGUGCUGAAGCUUCAUCCACAGUAAAAUUUUAGAGUUCACAUCAAGAAGAGUUAAAAUCUCACACCUUGGAUCUGCUGCAGGUGGCACUAUGUGGUGCUGACAGAAACCGCUGCCAGAGUGAAGAGGAAUUGAGUUUUAAAGCAAUGUGUCAGUUGUUUUUAGAGAAUAAACUGUUUCAAGUCCCAGCACUCAGACAUUUAGAACUGAUUGUGCUGUCCAGAGCUUGUUGGAGUGGACAUGCUUAUGAAACUUGCCUUUCUGCUUUCUGAAAGAUUUCUCAUAUUACUUCCUUGCUUGAGCUACUUUUCUGCUACUUCAAGGAGAUAGGCUUUGACCAGCUCUGAUCUCCUAAAGAAACCCUUAUCUUCUUUGUAUGCACUGCAGAAAAUAGAAUAUAAUUUUGUUGUACAAAUGUCCAGUUUGCCAAGUCCUGUAUGCUUAGCUUGUCAUCAGGGAGGAAGGGAUGAUGAACUGCCUCUAAGUGAUGUAGCCCAGCCCUGGGUCAGGUGAUGGUGGUGGCUGUUUGGGUGACAAGCAGGAGAAAAUUCAUUUGGCUCCAGGAGUCAGUGUUUCCUCACUUCACACAGGGAGGAGUUUGAAAGCUUGAAGUGGCUCUCAGCCACCUAUCUUGUUAAACUUCUUGGCAUUAGCAAGUUUACUCCUGCAGCAGUAUAGUACCAGAUGCAAGGGGUUUUUUUAAACCUUUGAGAGUGAGAAAAGAGUAAGUCAAAUAUCAACCCCAAGAGGAUAAAGUUAUGGUGAGAUUUUUGAUUAAACUUCAAUGUUGUGUUAACAGUAGAAAGCAAAUUUGUUCCAGUGGAUGAGAAAAAAAGACAAGUGAAUCUUUUCCCCCUUUUCCACUGGGGCCUUUGGCACCCAGACACAGCCAAAGGAAGUUUAAGCUUUAAUUUCUUCCUACUCAGCAUCAUCAUCCACAGUAUCUGAAAGUUACUGUUAGCCUGUGAUGGAGGAUGGUUACUUGAUGUUUGCUUUAUUAGAAAGCUCAGAAGGAGGAGAGGAUCCAGCAAUUGGCUGUUUUUAGGAUGGUUUUAAUACUGUGCAGAGUGAGCUAAUAACUCAGCAUUGCUUGUGAUGCAGGGCCAGCAACACACCCAGAACUGAAAGCAAAGUUGCUCGAGGGUACUGAUAAUGCUGUGAAUUUCUCCUGCCUGGAGAAUCCAUUUAAUUCAACUGUAUCAGUAGCACGGUAUUUUUGUAUGUCAAAGUGUAUGACUUACUGACAUGAACUCAUUUAAUUGCAAACAUUUUGAAAUAAAGAGUCUUAUCUGUGUUGCUUA